AAUAACAAGUAAUGACACGUCUAUUAAGGCAUUGAUUAACUGCUAUAUAAUGUGAGAGUAUUUUUCAGUUAAAAUUAUUAUUAUAUUUUGUGAAUUUAUUUGUUAAAUAUUUUUCAUUAAUCGUUUGUGUGUCCAUCGAGUUAAACGUCUCCUAUAAAUAUUGUGCCAAAUAUUUUCUUAAUAAUUAUAUAUUUAAUACUCAAUUGUUUUUUUUGUGAAAUCUAUUAAUUAUUUAGAAAUUAUAAAUCAUUAAAAAUGAAAUACUUAUUAUUGACAUUAAUUGUUUCAUUAUUAGUCGUCAGUUUAUAUGCGGCCAAAUCUGCUGAAACACGAAAAACUGACAAAAGACGUGAAAAAGUGGUCGAAGAAGCGGCAGCUGAGGAACCGGCAGUCGAGUCCAAUGAUGUAGAAGUGGCGGCAGAAGAAAAGGAAGAAGAGGUCGCUGUAGUCGAAAAUGAACCCGAAUUGACACAAGAAGUAGUGGCCGAAGACACCAAACCAGUGCAGCCAAAGAAGUCGCAGCUGAAGAAUGCAAAGAAAGUGAAGACAACACCAAAGAAAGAGGCAAAGGCUAAGUCUGUGGCAACUCAGGAGUCAGAAGUAGUGGCACAGGAAGUGAAAGAGGAGGAGGAGGAGCCGGUUGCUGAGGAACAGGAGAAACAAAAUUGCCCGAAAAAGUCUGAGAAAAAGGACACACAGGGAUGCGGCAAACAAACUAAAUCUGUGGUCAAAGAAGUGGUCGACAGUGAGACAGAACAAGAGGUUCAGAAACAAGAGAAGAAGACUAAGACUGAUAAAAAUCAGAAGAAAACGACGACUACUACUAAUGAAUCUGAAGUGAAGAAUCAACAAAAGACUGGACAAAAGAAACAACAGAAGAAUGAAAACAAACAGAAGAAUAAUAAUAGCGACAGAACUAAGAGAAAUGCCGACAAAAAUAAGGACCAAAAGGGAAAAAAUGGUAAACAAAACAAACAAAAGAAUAAUAAUAAUAACAAAAAGGAUAACAAAAAGUCUGGAAAAUCGGACAAAAAGUCUAAAAAGUGAUUGAAUUUUCUGUUUAAAUGUCAUUCAAAAUCCUAAUCACAUUUUUUAAGCAUAAAAUUUUCUGUG